AUGCAAGCGAACAUCCAACAACUUCAAGCACACAACAAGAUAAUUGAGAAUCAAUUGGCACAAAUAGCACAACAAGUUGGGAGUUUAUCCUUAAGUCCUAGCGGUCACUUCCCAAGCUCAACGGUGGUGAACCCAAAGGAGCAAGAUAAGGCCAUUACUUUGAGAUUGGGGAGAGGUUAUGAAGGGUCGGUCAUGAGCGAAGAGGAGCCUCAAAAGGGAGAUGAGGGAGUUGUGGUAAGAAAUGAGGAUGACUUUGAAAAUGAAAUAGUUGAUGUUGAGAAAAAGAAGAAACAAAAGAAUGACAAGGGAGUAACAAAAGAAAGUGAGGGAGAUGAGGAAAGAGUAGAAAAGCCCCCUAUGAAAGUAUACAAGCCUCCCAUUCCAUUCCCUCAUAGGAUUGUAGAAAAGAAAUCGAAUGAGAAGCUUUCAAAUUUUCUUGAAGUCAUGAGAGGACUUCAAUUGAACAUCCCCUUUCUUCAUGCCAUGUCACAAAUGCCUACGUAUGCAAAGUUUUUGAAGGAUCUUCUAUCCAACAAGAGUAGGCUUGAAGAGAGUGCAACCAUCUCCCUUCCUAAGGAGGUGAAAGUAAUCAUUCAAAACAAGCUUCCUCAAAAGUUUGGUGACCCGGGUAGCUAUGCAAUACCGGUGAAGAUUGGAGAUAUGGAAGCUAUGGAUGCUUUAUGCGAUCUUGGGGAAAGUGUGAGCUUGAUGCCCUACUCAAUUGCUAAGAGUUUGAAAGUUGGAGACUUGAAGCCAACAAGAAUGUCCUUACAAUUGGCCGACCGCACGGUUAGGCUACCUUUGGGAAUUCUUGAAGAUGUGCCGGUUCAAGUUGGAAGAGUAUUUGUGCCAUGUGACACUGUGGUAAUGGAAAUGGAAGAAGAUACUACGGUGCCCCUAAUCUUGGGAAGACCGUUUUUGAACACCGCGGGAGUGGUGAUUGAUAUUAAGCAAGGAAGAUUGACCUUGAAUGUGGGAGAUGAGAAAAUAUCAUUUUCAUUCCCACAAGCAUUGAAAAAGCCAUUGUAUGAUGAAGUUCAUAGAGUUGAUACUUUGGAAAGGGACUUAGAGAAGUUCCAAGAGAAUUUGUUUGAAAGAGAUCCUUUACAAGCUAUCCUAACGGGAGGCUUAGUUGAGGAAAGUGAAGAAACAAGGGGGUAUGAUCUUUUGCUCAACCAACCUUUAGUCCACAACGAAAUGAAAGUGGAAGUGCUCAAUGUGGAGGUAAAAGAAGAGAUGACUACGCCUCCUCAUAAGGUUGAACUUAAACCCCUUCCUCCUUUACUUAAAUAUGCUUUUCUUGAUGAUAGUGAGAGUUAUCCCGUUAUUUUCAAUGCUAAUCUUGAUGACACCUCUCUUGGGAAACUCCUAGAUGUUUUAAGGGAGUAUAGAGAUGUCAUUGGGUUGAAGGAGGCAUUGAUUUCGGGUCCUAUUAUUCAACCCCCUAAUUGGGAGCUUCCUUUUGAGCUCAUGUGUGAUGCUUCGGAUUUUGCCAUUAGGUCUGUUCUUAGACAAAGGAAGGAUAAGAAGCUCCAUGCUAUCUACUACACUAUCAAAACAUUAGAUGAUGCACAAAGGAAUUACACGACCACGGAAAAAGAGUUUCUAGCUAUUGUUCAUGCAAUUGAGAAGUUUAGGUCCUACUUGUUGGGGUCUAAAGUCAUAGUCUUCACCGACAUUCGGCCUUGA